AUGAAUUUUUUGUACUUAAUUUUAUUAGUUUAUCUUGUUAAUUGUCUUAAAUGUGAAGAUUUUAGUGAUGUCAAUGAAUUUAUAAUCGACAUCGACCUACCAGAAAAUCAUUUAUCUCAAUAUUUUAAUAAAGUACCUGAAUUUGCAAAGAAAGUCAAUCAAAGUAGCAAUAAAGUUUACAAGGAAUUCUUAAGUAGCGAAAGAUAUGAUCGUGAAGUAUGUUGGGGAUAUGAAUAUAAUUGUAAAAAUCCUUUAUAUACUCAUAAAUGUCCAGGAAAUCACACUGGUUACGUUGAAAGUAAAAAAGCACAAUUUGAGGUUUUUUACGCCCAAGCCGAUUUUGGUUUUGUAAAGCAACAGCUUCAAGAAUUAAAAGUUUAUUGUGAGCCAACGUUUAUCACUGAUUCAUCACUUGAAUGUUCAAAAUAUCUUCGAUUUUGUCGAGGAAGAAAUCUCAUGCUCAACUUCACAAACUUAAUAAAUCGUAAAGAACCGUUGAGAUAUGCAACAGAUGUUUUAAAACAGGGUGAAAUUGGUGGCUUUUGUAAAUUCAAUGAAAAGGAAUUUAAUGAGCAAACUGAACAUUUGUCAGCGUUGCAAUCGUGGGGACCUGAAUUGAGAUACUUUGAAUCUUUAUCGAAGCGACCAAUUGAAGAUGAAUUGUGUGAUGUUGUGAUCGAUAAACCAACAUACAUCAUGAAAAUUGAUUCAACAUACAACAUGUAUCAUCAUUUCUGUGAUUUCUUCAAUCUUUAUGCUUCACAACAUGUAAACUUUACACAUCCUGGCGCUUUCUCGUCUGACGUUAAUAUUCUUAUUUGGGAAUCUUACAUUUACUCAUCACCAUUCUCACGUGCAUUUGAAGUAUUUUCAGAAAAUCCUAUUUGGGAUUUAAAUACAUAUCGUGGUAAAGUUGUUUGCUUUAAGAAUCUCGUUUUUCCAUUACUUCCAAGGAUGAUUUUUGGUCUUUACUACAACACUCCAUUGAUUAAUGGUUGCGAAAACAGUGGAUUGUUCCAUGCAUUUGCCGAGCAUGUUCUUCAUCGUCUCCAGAUUAAACAACAUCCAGUGGAAAUGAAAUCAAAACUCAGAAUAACUUUUCUCUCUCGUGAAACGAAAUACAGAAAAGUUCGUAAUGAAAAGAAACUCUUAAAAAGAAUCUCAUCAAACAGUGAUUAUGUUGUGAAACGAGUGAAUUUUGCGAAGAACAUUUCAUUCGAAGAUCAGUUAAAGAUCACAAGAAAUACUGACAUCUUCAUUGGAAUUCAUGGUGCUGGAUUAACUCAUCUACUUUUCUUACCAAAAUGGGCAACACUCUUUGAGUUAUACAAUUGUGAAGAUCCAAAUUGUUACAAAGAUCUAGCAAGACUACGAGGUGUUAAUUACAUUACUUGGGAAGAUGAAAGUUUACUCGAGGCAAGUGAAUCUGAUUACGAAGAUGGAAGCCACGCAAAGUUCAAAAACUUUUCUUUCGAAGUUGAUGAGUUUGAAAGACUAGUUAAGAAAGCUGCUGAUGCAGUCAUAAACCAUUCAGAUUAUAAAGAAUUUGUAAAGAAAUCGUCAAAUAAAGAAAGUCAACAUGAUGAGCUGUGAAAAUG